UUUAUUCAAUUACCGGGUAGGGUUCAGAACUGGACAGGAGCCAGGACAUCUGAGUUCAAUUCCUGGUCAGCCCAGCCGCCUUCUUGGUUGGGGUAGAGAGGGUGGGCGAAGGGCUUGUUUGCAGACAUCCCACUACCCUGCCCUAGGGCUGUUGAUGAUGCUUCAACCAUAACAUCUUGCUCAGUGCACCAGGAAUCUGAGGCUCAAAGAGGUCUCACCACAAGAAAAAAGCAAGAGCCAAAACUAGAACCCAUUUAGGUGAUCUCGCGGUAGAACAGGCCAAUCAGCCUCAUACGCGGAGGCUACAGAAGUACAGGGGCAGAACUAAACAGGGCUCCCAAGUACCUAGUCCUCCAGCCCUGGGCUGGUCAGAGGAAUUUGGGACAGGAAUCAUUAAGCCCCUUCCUCUACCACUUCUACUUGGUUUCCUGCUCAGUCAUUGCAUUUGGUUUGGGUGAAAAGGUAUUCUUUCUCAUUAAAGACAUUUAAUGAUGGAUGAAAUUUUAUCCCUGGGCUCCAGAGCAGCUAACAAUAGUUCUGCUUUUGUGUGAGGUUCUCCUCAAUCACCACAACUUGCUAUGUGGAAGAGUGAAGGGACUGAAUUCUGAGAUCCAUAUGCUUCCUCAAAGAAAGCACCAAUUCUUAGAGGCAGAAAACGAAAUUAAGCUAUGGCUCCAAACUGAAAGUCAUUCCGUUUUCAGUGACAACAAAUCUUAAGCACGUCCUCACUGUGUAACUCUAUAAAGUAGAGAACUAGGUUCUUGUAAACCCCCCAAAUAUAACUGACAAGAUGUCCGGGAGUGCUUUUGGGUCAUUUUGUGGGCUAGCAAAGAAUCCACUUUCCUUCCCCUGUUAUGGACCUUCCAAUGAUGUCCAUCCUCUUUUCCUCCCCAGGCACAAGCCAUGGAGAGGAAUGACAUCAUUGACUUCAAGGCUCUGGAGAAAGAGUUGCAGGCUGCAGUUACCGCCGAUGAGAAGUACCGGAGAGAGAAUGCUGCCAAGUUUCGGGCAGUGGAACAGCGGGUGGCUUCCUAUGAGGAGUUCAGGGGUAUUGUCCUUGCAUCACACCUCAAGCCCCUGGAGCGGAAAGACAAGGCAGGAGGAAAGAGGACUGUGCCCUGGAACUGUCACACUACUCCAAGAGAGACCACUCUGGACGAGACAACUGAAAUCUCCCAGGAGAAAACACCCCUGCAGCCUGAGACCUCAGCGGAGUUCUACCGUGACUGGCGGCGAUACUUGCGGAGUGGGCCAGAGCGCUACCAGGCCCUCUUGCAGCUCGGAGGUCCCAAGCUGGGCCACCUCUUCCAGACAGACGUGGGGUUUGGACUUCUAGGGGAGCUGCUGACAGCACUGGCUGAUCACGUGAGGCCGGCUGACCGGCUGGCGGUGCUGGGGAUCUUGCGCAGCCUGGCCGGUACCGGGCGCUUUGCCUUGAACCUCAGCCUGAUGAGCUGCGCAGAGAGAGCGAGCUGCAGAAGCUUGUUCCAGAAGCUGCAGGCCAUGGACACCCCUCCACCCAUGAAGGGGGGGCUCAGCCAGGAGGAGCAGGGUCUGGAGGAGCAGCCUGGGGGGCUCCCGGAGGAGGAAAGUCUCCUACAAGAACUGCUAGGGUUGUACCAAGUGGAUUGAUGGGGCCAGUGACCUUCAAAGGCCCCCAGGGAUCACGGGCAGCAGGUUUUGGUUCUCUUGGGGCCUCUGCAGAACUGUGGUAAAAAUCCCACACCGGCCGAAACCAGUUUGGCUCAGUGGAUAGAGCAUCAGCUCGGUCAAGGGCAUGUAUGCUGU